UGUAUCGCUUAGCUCUUUUAUAAAUAAAUACAAAAUCAAAUUAAAAAAUAAGAAUCUGAAAACUCAAUUGAUUCGCAAACAAGUGUCGAACUCAAUGAGGCGGUACUGUGUGCAAAUAAAUUCGCUGAAAGUUCAAUAAUUGAUGCGUUUGCCUUUUGGCCUUUGGCAUUUGUGAUUAUUUGUUCAAUUUUUUUCGCUUGUGUCUCAAUAAUGUGUUAAUCCUUUUGAGGCUUCAGUUUCGUUUUUAAUUAAGGCAUUUGUUUGGAUUUUUUUUGGAGGGGCUCCAAUUGAAUAGCCUCGAGGAUUAAAGUUACCGCCCGCCAACAACUUAUCCCAGUGAUGCAACAACUCUGAAACUCUGUUUACCCUUCCACCCAUCAAAUAAAUAAACUAAAGAUCCUUCUUUCAAGAUGACCGAUAACCGGAGUCCCUACAAAAACAACAUAAGCAACAAUAAUAAUAACAAUAGUCAUAACAAUGAGCUAUCCAGACUGAGGUUGCCCGAGGAAAAGGCGGCAUCGGAGCAACUGCUGCCCAAGAAUGGAGCUAACGAGACCAAGAAAGAACAACCUGUCCUCCAAUUUUAUUCCCAAAAGCCCCUAGAAUCGGCAGCACCUCCCGUGGAGAAACCAAAAAAGAAAAAGAGGCGGGACAAGAGUGAUUUAGGCGAGGAUUUUGUGGCGCCCGACGGUGGAUGGGGUUGGCUGGUGGCCGUUGCCAGCGGUGUUAACAUUCUGGUAACAUUCGCUUUGGCUCAGCAGUUUGGCAUCCUGUUCCGGGAUCGUAUGGCAGAUCUUGGCAUUUCCAGUUCCGAACUGACAACCAUUAUUAAUACACAAAUAGCUGUAUCUGCAUUUACGGGCCUUCUCAAUGGCCCUCUAUUCCGACGCUACACCUACCGCGUGGUGGCCCUCUGGGGCUCCGUCCUUACCUUCGUAGGCCUCUUCUGGAUGGUCUUCGCCGCCUCCUUCACCGUCUACCUGCUCAGCUUCUCGAUCAUCUACGGCUUCGGGCGGGGACUGACGGUGUCCGCCUCCUCGCUGGCGGUCAACACCUACUUCAAGGUCAAGCGCAGGACGGCCACCGCCUACCAGUUCGGUGUAGCCGGCCUGGGCCCGAUAGUGUGCCCAUACUUCGCGACGUACAUGCUGCAGGUGUUCGACGUGCAAGGAACGACCCUGCUCUUCGCGGGCGCAUCCCUGCACACGAUUGCCUGCUCCCUGAUCUACCAGCCGGUCAAGUGGCAUGUCGUGAAGCGGGAUCGCGAUGCGGAGGCACUGCAGCCGGCCCAGCCGCUGGCGGAGAAGGAGGACCAGGACGAGGACAUCAUUAAGAACGUGGUGGAGCCGGAAACGCCGGUCCUGCCGCGCGCCAACGACGGCUGGUUCGGUUCGAGGGCCUCGCUGAACAGUGCCGGGACCCGAAACCGGGUCAACACCUGGGACAAGAGCGACGCCAAAAACGGUCACAUCGAGCUGAAGCGGAUGACCAGCAAGGACUCGUCGGGACCGGGACGCCAGCAGAGGAGCAUUUCGGUGAGCCACAGCAUCAAAGAGGAGGAGGCACUGGGCUACGAGUCGGAUGUGGAGACGCAUCCCAACAUCGGCCAGCUGACGGAGAAGGAGAAGCAGGAGCUGGAGGACGAGGAGGAGCGACAGCGCAGGAAAAAGCUGCCCUUCUACAUGAAAGUGGUUGUAUUCUUUGAUCUGGACCUGCUACGGGACAUCACCUACGUGAACCUGGCCGUGGGCAUCACCCUAAUAAACUUUGUGGAGAUUAACUUUGCCAUCCUGACACCGUUUAUACUCUCCGAUUUGGGCUUCAAGUCCGACCAGAUAGCUCUGGCCAUGUCCACGCUGGGCUUCUUCGAUCUGGUGGUGCGUUUCCUCAUUCCGCUGAUCACCGCCAAGAUCAAUCUGAGCAAUCGCACCUUCUUCGUGGUGGGUAUUCUGGGCAUGUGCAUCGGCAGGAUGUUCCUCUCGAUGACUACCAACUUCUACGCGAUGGUCGGGAUCUUCCUCUGGCUGGGUCUGAACAAGGCCUUCCGUACCGUCUUCUGGUCCCUGAUUAUUCCCAGCUAUGUACCGCUGAAGCGUUUGCCGGCAGCCGCGGGUCUCCAGCUCCUCAUGUCGGGCACCUUCUCGAUGGUUUUUGGACCUCUGAUUGGCCUGAUCAGAGAUCACACCAGCUACGCGGUGACCCUUAACAUUUUGAAUGCCCUCUGUAUCAUAGCCUUCGUGGGCUGGUACUUGGAGGACUUUAUCCGGGCUCGCACCCGAAAGUCGGCUGCUGUGAAGGAGCUUAACUAAUUCCACUGGAUGGCCCACCUAACUAGUCUCGUACUCAGUGCCUUUGGUUCCAAGACAACAAAAAAUAACAAAACACAAAACUUGAAGUAACAAAAACAAACCAAACUCCAUCCUAACUCUAGCAAAUUGUUCAUGUUAUGGCAUACUUUUUCCAAAUGUUUUUUUUUUACUCUGUAUGUUUAUUGUAAAUUAUAUACUGCGUGUACAUUGUGUAUAUACUAUUUUUUUGACUGUAGCCAAUUAUUUGUAUUAAAUAUUAUUGAUAAUU